GCGUGCCAGAGCUCUCCACCGGAAGCUGACUUGUCAGUCUUGUUUUGGUGGUUGACAGGCGCGUGAGCUGCCGACGUCACCAGUAGAGGCAGCAGACGGCGACAUGGCGGCGGACUCUGCUCUGAAGGUGAUCUUUGAACUUGAAGGAGUCUUCAUCCAUCCGAGCAGCGAUGAAGACGGCAUGGAGCCAGAUUUACUGGUUUCAGGGACGCUGCGGCUCGUUGACAAGGAUGCUGAAGUCUUGGUGGAGUACAGACCUGUGGAGGACGCAGUCGACCCGUCCAACAUGCUGUGUGCUGGAAAGGACUCCAGCUCAGUCAUGGAGUGGGACCAGUGUUCGGGGGAGAAGUCCAAGUCUCUGAUAGAGACACAGCAGAGCUACGAGACAGAGUGGGACAUGAUCAAUGCUGUGUCCUUCAAGAAGAAAACCUUCACCAACGGAGACGGCUCUCUGAACCACGGCCACGAGAGGAGCCGCUGGGCCUUCUCCGUCAGCGUGGGGGACCUGCGCUCCGUCACGGUGAAGGUGGAGGGGUGGAGCUUCCUGCUCCUCAAACUGAAGGACUGCCGCUCCUCGCUACCCGCGCUGCACUUCCACCAGGGUGGCAGCACCGACUUCCUGGACAGCCUGAGGAGGGUCGCUCUGCUCAGCCCAUCUCCUGAUGAUGAAACCUGUCUGCUGGUCAGUUCUCCAAACAGAGCUCUGUCUCAGUCCUUUGAGAACCUUCUGGAUGACAACAACUUUGGACUCGUUAAUCAGAAGUUCAGGAAGGACCCGUACGUCACCACGCUGGGCGGCUUCUCCAAAGUCACCAACUACAUCUUUGAUGCUUUCCGGGGGACGGAGGAGCAGCACCAGCGCCCCCCGGAGGAGGUGGCCGACCUGCUGACUGAAGUCAUCCCGGGACUGGAGAUCAACCAGCAGGAAGAGCCCGGCUUUGAGGUUAUCACCAGGAUGGACCUGGGCCCGAGGCCGGAGGUAUCCAGGCGGCCCCCCCUGUCAGCAGAGGACUGGACCAAACACCAGGAUCCAGAGGGGAGGAUGCUCAGCAUUUCCAAGCUCAAACACCUCAUCUUCAAAGGGGGACUCUGUCACGCGGUGAGGAAGGAAGCCUGGAAGUUCCUGCUGGGAUAUUUCCCGUGGGACAGCACGCUGGAGGAGAGGAAAGUCCUCCAGAGAGACAAAACAGAUGAGUACUUCAGGAUGAAGCUGCAGUGGAAGUCAGUCAGCGAGGAGCAGGAGAGGAGGAAUUCCAGACUGAGAGACUACAGGAGUCUGAUAGAGAAAGACGUGAACCGGACGGACAGAACCAACCGGUUCUACGAAGGCAUGGACAACCCGGGUCUGGUGCUGCUGCACGACAUCCUGAUGACCUACUGCAUGUACGACUUCGACCUGGGUUAUGUUCAGGGGAUGAGUGACCUGCUGUCUCCGAUCCUCUACGUGAUGGAGAACGAGGUGGACGCUUUUUGGUGUUUUGUCUCCUUCAUGGACCAGAUGCACCAGAACUUUGAGGAGCAGAUGCAGGGCAUGAAGACGCAACUGAUCCAGCUCAGCACUCUACUCAGACUGCUGGACCUCACCUUCUGGAACUACCUCGAGUCUCAGGAUUCAGGAUAUCUGUAUUUCUGUUUCCGCUGGUUGUUGAUCCGAUUCAAGAGAGAGCUCAGCUUCCAGGACGUCCUGCGGCUCUGGGAGGUGAUGUGGACCGGGCUGCCCUGUCAGAACUUCCACCUGCUGGUCUGCUGCUCCAUCCUGGACUCUGAGAAACAGAAGAUCAUGGAGGAGAACUACGGCUUCAAUGAGAUCCUCAAGCACAUUAACGAGCUGUCCAUGAAGCUGGAUGUAGAAGAGAUUCUUCAGAAAGCUGAAGGCAUCAGUCAGCAGAUACAUCGCUGUAAGGACCUUCCUCAGUCCAUCAGCAGCAUCCUGGGUCUGGAGCCGGAUCUCUGUGGUUCUGACCCGACACACUCUGGAGCGUGUCCACCUCUCAGACCACGGCCGCCACCGCGGAGACCGGACGCUCACACCUCCACCUCCACCUCCACCUCCAACGGACUGUUGAGAGCCAGCAGCGCUCACAACGGCUGUACCGUGGCCUUCUCGUCCUAGUACACAGACUGACUCUGGUCCUAGUACACAGACUCAGAGCCUGGUCCUAGUACACAGACUGAGCCUGGUCCUAGUACACAGACUGAGCCUGGUCCUAGUACACAGACUGACUCAGAGCCUGGUCCUAGUACACAGACUGAGCCUGGUCCUAGUACACAGACUCAGAGCCUGGUCCUAGUACACAGACUGAGCCUGGUCCUAGUACACAGACUCAGAGCCUGGUCCUAGUACACAGACUCAGAGCCUGGUCCUAGUACACAGACUCAGAGCAUGGUCCUAGUACACAGACUGAGCCUGGUCCUAGUACACAGACUGACUCAGAGCCUGGUCCUAGUACACAGCCUGA